UUUAGAAUAUGGAGGACUUUCUCCUCUGACAGGGGCGUUUUUAUUGAGUAUGGGAGCCAUUGAAGCUGGUACAGGCUAUUCAAACGGGAUAUGUGAUAUCAAAAUUCGAACACGAAUAAUUCUGAUAUCUGAUGGGAGACCAACAGACUUCCAUAUAUUUUCUGAUGAGGAGGAUUCGCCUUUGAAUGAAACAUUACAGGUAGGAGGCAAAGGACCAUCUCCAGCAUGUGGUGAAACAUCUAGGGAGGCAACAUCCAAUCUUCUGCAUGCCUGUAGGACAAAAUCCAGAUGUGGCAUAUUUGAAAUAUUUAUGUUCAAAAGGAGGAAGGAUCAUUCAUCCACAUGGAGUUAAACAGAUUGCACGAUUCACUCAAA